GAAUACGAAUCUUCCACUCUCUCUCUCUCUCUCUCUCUCUCUCUAUAUGUGCUAAAGCUAUAAAGUUUCGGUCAACCCUACAUUCCCUUUAAUACAUACUUCGUCGUCUCUUCUUCUUUUCAGCGCGUGUAAAUAACGUAUCGAUGGCUUCCCACCUGCUGAGGCGCGUCCUCGGAACCCGCUCCAACCAGAUCAUCUCCUCGACCAGCUCUACCUCCGCUUUGGCAUCACCGGUUACGGCCACGGCUCGGCUUUUGUCGUCUGCCACGGCUCCGAUCACGGUCACCCUCUUCCCCGGCGACGGUAUUGGCCCCGAGAUAGCCGAGUCUGUCAAACAGGUGUUUAGAGAAGCUGAAGUGCCGAUUGACUGGGAAGAACAUUAUGUUGGAACCAAAAUUGAUCCGAGAACACAGAGUUUUUUAACGUGGGAAAGUUUGGAAUCAGUGCGUCGAAACAAGGUGGGGUUGAAAGGUCCAAUGGCUACACCAAUUGGGAAAGGUCAUCGUUCUUUGAAUCUUACUUUAAGGAAGGAGCUUAACUUGUAUGCCAAUGUUAGACCUUGCUACAGUCUGCCUGGCUAUAAGACCCGUUAUGAUGAUGUUAAUCUCAUUACUAUACGUGAAAACACUGAGGGAGAGUACAGUGGGCUUGAACAUCAAGUUGUGAGAGGCGUUGUCGAAAGUCUUAAGAUCAUUACUCGUCAGGCAAGUCUUAGGGUAGCUGAGUAUGCUUUUCAUUAUGCCAAGGCGCACGGGAGAGAGAGGGUAUCUGCAAUUCACAAAGCGAAUAUUAUGCAGAAAACUGAUGGUCUUUUUCUUAAGUGUUGCCGUGAAGUGGCAGAGAAGUAUCCAGAGAUUAAAUAUGAGGAAGUUGUCAUUGACAAUUGCUGCAUGAUGCUUGUGAAGAAUCCUGCUCUCUUUGAUGUAUUGGUGAUGCCUAACCUUUACGGUGAUAUUAUUAGUGACCUCUGUGCGGGCUUGAUUGGCGGACUGGGCUUAACUCCAAGCUGCAAUAUUGGUGAGGGAGGUAUUGCCCUAGCUGAAGCUGUGCAUGGUUCAGCACCUGAUAUUGCUGGAAAGAAUCUGGCAAACCCUACUGCUUUGCUGUUAAGUUCUGUCUCAAUGCUCCGUCAUUUGGAACUCCAUGAUAAAGCGGAUCGAAUCCAAGAUGCCAUUCUCAACACAAUUGCUGAGGGAAAAUUCCGAACAGCUGAUUUAGGUGGCAAGUCAUCAACUACCGACUUCACAAGGGCAAUUUGUGAUCAUCUUUGAAAGGAAGAUGUUGCAUAUGUAAUCAGCUCGUUUUUUGUGACUCCUUUUGGAGCCAAUUUAUUUUCAACAUUUUUCCAGUAUUUCUUGAAGAGAAAUAAGACCACAAAACGGAUGGUCUCGGCGACUAGAAAGAGAUUUGUCCCUUGUGGAAAGCUUGAAGGGCAUGGAUGGAAUUGAUGGGUGAUUGACAUAUAUGCCUUUCCUCUUCACCGUCUCAAAAUGAACUUAUUGGUAACCUUUAAAAAUGGUAUUCUUUUGUCCAUAUAGAUCUAUGAAAUAAAUGCAUAAUGGUGUGAUACUCACAUUUAACUUAUAUUUUUUUUUUCAAGGAUGAAAUAUCAUCAGAUUUUUUUUCAA